AAUAUUGUCCGGUGUCAGCUCGCAUUCCGUCCAGUUCGAUCGGCAAAGGGAGCGGAGAAAGGAACGUCGAGAGCCCGAAGGCAGCAGCCCCACCACCGCCGGCCCAGGUUACCAUCCAGCACCGGGAAAACACACUAGACAGCCACCGCCGGCAAAAGUUUAGGAUACCAUCCAGAAACCACCAUGAGCAGCGAGGCCGAGACGCAGCAGCAGCAGGCGCCGCCGCCGCCGCCGCCACAGCAGGCCGCCGAAGCGGAGAGCCCAUCCAGCCCGGCAGCGGUGGCUCCCGCUGGGGAUAAGAAGGUCAUCGCAACAAAGGUCCUGGGAACAGUGAAGUGGUUUAACGUAAGAAACGGCUACGGUUUCAUCAACAGGGACGACACAAAAGAUGAUGUCUUUGUACACCAGACUGCCAUUAAGAAAAACAACCCAAGGAAAUAUCUGCGCAGUGUUGGAGACGGGGAGACGGUAGAGUUUGAUGUGGUAGAAGGAGAGAAGGGUGCAGAAGCAGCCAACGUUACUGGUCCAGGGGGAGUUCCAGUUCAGGGAAGCAAAUACGCAGCAGACCGCAAUCGUUACAGGCGCUACCCCCGUCGCAGGGGCCCCCCACCCGAUUACCCACAGAACUACCAGAGUGAUGGUGAGGGCGAGGGAAGUGAGAAGAGAGAGGGGCAGGGCCAGGAGAGUGUGCCUGAGGGGGAAAUCCAGCCCCAGCAGCGCCGUCCUCCCUUCCCCAAGAGACGCUACCCACCCUACUACGUCCAGAGGCGCUAUGGACGCCGUCCACCGUACACCAACACCUCACCGCGUGGGGAAAGCACAGAGGGAGGUGAAGGAGAAGAGAACCAAGGUGCUGUUGACCAGGGUGCUAAACCAAUGAGGCAGAACUACUACAGAGGCUACCGACCAAGGUUCAGAGCAAGGGGCCCCCCUCGUCCCAGACCACCCCGGGAUGAUGCCAAUGAGGAGGACAAGGAGAACCAAGGCGACGGCUCCCAGGACCAGCAGCCACGCCAGCGCAGGUAUCGCCGCAACUACAACUACCGCCGCAGACGCCCUCAGAGCGAUAAACCUGAAGAUGGCAAAGAGAACAAAGCAGCCGAACCAGCAGCUGAGAAAACAUCCGCUCCCCCGGCCGAGCAGGGAGGCGCUGAGUAAAUACCGGCUUACCACCGACACCAUCGUCCGGUUUAGUCAACAUGAAGAAACAUCAAAGGAAAUGAAGACCAGAGCAAUAAGAAACAGAUUUGACUUGACGAUCUUGAAAGCUUGCUACAUGCAGUUGACCAGAUACCAGUGAUUGGCUGCAGAAUCUAUGCAGCCUAAUUUUUUCAUUACUUUUAUCUGACAACUAAAAACAUAACUUCUUUUGGUAAAAGUUAAAGUUUUUUGUAAAUCGGUCUUAAGUUUUUACACCAAUAGUUUUUAAAGUAAUUUGAUAUCUGGUCAAUUUGACAUUUUUAAAUUAAAGAAUUAAAUCUGAAUUUAUUUGUACAACCUGAAUUUAAAAACAAAGGCAAGCGCAAAUAAAAGUCAAAGUUUCUGA